CCCCUCCCUCCCUCCCUCCCUCCCUCCAGCAUCGCUCGCUGGGAGCUGGCCUGGGUGGGGUCCUGUUUUCUCCGCAGCGCCGGCUGCACCAGCGAGGCUGGCCCGACCGGCGGGCUGCCUCUGCUCUUCUUCAUCCUCCUCUUCGUCCCCAGGCAUUGCUCCAGAGAGGUGGGCCCCCCCCCCCCCCGCCCAGUCCAGACCAGCCCCCUUCCUCCCCCCCCCCGGCUCCCCGGGCCAUGAGGCUGCCCAGACCAUGCUGGGAAGCCCCCCACCCCUCUGUAGCCUGAAGCCCAUCUAGUCCUGCAAAGAGCCCCCCCCCCAACUCUAUUGGGCUUUUGCAGCCAGCUGGGGGUGAGAGGGGAGGGAAAGAGGGUCCCCCCCCCCGCCUUACCUCCCUGGCGCGCUAUUGUGAACUGUUGUUUUUCUCUGAUCUGCUCCAAGGGGCAUCCCUGAACUCUUUAAGUUGCCCAGGAUCGGGAGCCUCCGAGUUUGGCUUUGUGGUGCAGCCGACUGGAUCUGGCCCUCUUGGCCCGGAAUCGGGCAGCGGCUGAUAUUUUGGCCGUCCGGAAUGUGAAGCUGGCCCCCCGGAGAGUUGGGAGCAGCGCCUCGGUGGCCUGAGGCGAGGGAGGGGUUCUUGGGAGUGGCAGAGCAGGGCCCUCAAGAUGGCCUGGCCGUGCAUCAGCCGGGCGUGCUGCAUCGCCCGCUUCUGGAACCAGCUGGACAAGGCGGACAUUGCCGUGCCUUUGGUGUUCACCAAGUACUCCGAGGCCACCGAGUUCCCAGGGGCGCCGGUGGUCCUGCAGCAGCAGCAGCCACGCCUGGCCACGGCCGUCGAGACCCAGCCGGCUGGCCUGAGCAGUGACCUGGAUGCGGUCGGCAGGGCAACCGCUGUGGCCGGGGACCAGGUCCCCGGGCCACAUAAACCGGGCCUCAAAGACCAGGCCUCGCUCGACUCGGUCAUGCGGCAGGACUAUAAACCCUGGAAGUCUCAGCGGCCGGAGCCCAGCUGCAAGCCCAAGAACGAGUACCAGCCGUCGGAAACGCCCUUCGAGAAGGAGACCCAGUACCAGAAGGAUUUCCGGGCCUGGCCCAUCCCCAAGAGAGGGGAUCACCCCUGGAUCCCCAAGCCGAUGCCCAUACCCCCGGUCAACCUCGACAAGGGAUCCAGGGAAAGAUCUGUCAGCCAGGAGAGGAGGAGGAAGACUCAGGCGAGCCACGAGAAAGAACAGGUGGGAGGGAAGGAGCGGGAGGCGCCCGAGGCCAGCAAGCCUGAAGAGGGGCGGGUCAAGAAGUCCAAGAAGAGGGUCCUCAUCGCAGAGGAUGGCGGGGCCCAGCCACAAGUGGGGUCCUCCGCACCAACAGAGGGCAGCAAAGGACGGGCUGCGGUGGAUGCCCUCAACCGGCAGAUCAAAGAGGAAGUGACGGCGCGGGUGAGCACCUCUUCCUACAGAAACGAAUUCCGACCAUGGACAGACAUCAAACCGGUGAAGGCCAUCAGAGCCAAGAACCAGUACAAGCCCCCAGAGGAGAAGAUGGUUCACGAAACCAGCUACAGUGUCCAAUUUACCGCAGAGAGCGCCAAGCCUGGUUCAGCGGAUAACAAAUUCCUCGAGCGCAGGAGGAUACGCAGCCUUUAUAGCGAACCCUACAAGGAAUCACCGAAGGUGGAGAAGCCCAGCCCUCAGCCUCCAAAACCAAAAAAGACACCGUCAAGCCAUAGACCGCCGAAAAAAGCCAAAGAUAAGCAGAUGGCGUCCAGCCGGGCCGCCAAGAAGAAGAGCACGGAAGCCGCCGCCCCAGCGAACCCCGAGGACAAGGAGAAAAGCAAAGAGAUGAACAAUAAGUUGGCCGAAGCGAAAGAGACCUCUGAUCAAACUGCCAGCGCUACAUCCCAGGAACCUGUUUCCUUAGUCCAAGAUCAAGCUAUGGAGCCCGUUUCCUUAGUCCAAGAUCAAGCUAUGGAGCCCGUUUCCUUAGUCCGAGACCAAGCUAUGGAGCCUGUUUCCUUAGUCCAAGACCAACGUCUGGAAGUUAACCCUCUGCCUUCUGCUCUGGAGCCAACAGCUGGGACCAGUAUGUUGCUUGCAUGAAACAUGUACAGCCUUAUUUGAAUAUAAUUACAAUAAUAAAAAUCAGCAAAUCCAAACGGUGCUGGAUGUUUUGCUGUCCAUAA